CAGCGAUCGUCUUACAUUCUCAUGCUUCCUAGAGCCUCCGUCCUUCCUCCGUACCCCUCCUUGUGUUAAGACUUUUAAGGGUGAAUCUGUGUAAGCUUCCUUGUUGGCUUUGCUGCCAAACAGGCCUUUUAACUCCUUAUCCAGAAGGGAUAUGAUAUGAGGCAAUGCAACCAAAACUCCUGACCGCUCAACGUCUUAUCGCCUGGUCCGAUCAUUAAAACUGCAAGGCAAUGGCACAGGAUGUGCGCGAAGCACGAGCCAAGUCUUCCGACCUCAGCCUAUUUUCCGGUGAUCACUUGAUGGAAACGUCGCCCGUCUCAGAAUGGACGUCGGGGCCUUCCAAUAUUUCCCCCAUUGGGCAAAACGGCAAUACCCCAUUCGUGGGACCCCUUCGCAAUGAUAUAACAGAUCUCACAGCUAGACUUUCACAAGUUAUUGAGGGAGGGGAGAAUGAGAUGCAGGGACCGAGUCAAAAUCCGGAGAGGAAACUGCGCACUUUACCAGCAUGGAUUCAAUCAGUGGAGUACCAGGAAGACGAUAUCGAAGCUACCGCUACCUCCCGGCUUCUUCCCGCUCAUCCCGGUGAUGCCGUUGUUGCCCAGCAUAACCACUCGCCCUACUCGACAUCAAAAUCAGGUCGCGGGGAGGGGCGGGAAGCGCGUGGGGAGAUAUCACAAGCUCGUGAGUCGCGAUGGAAAGACUUCUCCAAGACCACCGCCUAUCCGCGUGAGCACGGUGCAGAGGAAAAGCUCGUGACAUCAGAAUGGCUAAACCAAAACCAUGGUGACUACUCACUACCAUGGCGUGGCCAGAUUGAACCGGACGAGGACACAGAAGAUCCUCUGAAAAGGAAACGGCGUCGUGAAAUGUGGCUUAAACGCUUCCACUCUACCCUCUUGAAGAGUCCCAUCGUACCGCUGAUAUUCCGCCUCACCGUGUGGUGCUUCUCCCUCACGGCUCUGGCUCUGGGGGGCUCUAUACAAAAUCUUUCCGAGAGUUUUAACCACCCUCAAGGCCCUUCGGCCUUGAUGGCAAUCAUCGUCGAUGCCGUCGCUCUAGUGUACCUCGUUUACAUCACCUGGGACGAAUACACCUCCAAACCACUAGGACUUCGUUCACCCUCCGCCAAAGCACGACUCAUUCUCUUAGAUAUCUUUUUUAUUGUCUUUGACUCUGCCAAUUUAAGUUUGGCUUUUGAGUCUCUGUCGAGUGCGGAAGGUGCCUGUACACUCACAGAAAUCAACCAAACUGUCGCUCCCAAGAACGACUCCAUCUGCGACCGACAAAUAGCCCUUGCAUGUGUUCUGCUGGUUGCACUCAUUGCAUGGCUUAUCACAUUUUCCAUCAGUGUCCUCAGACUUGUUGAGCGGGUGAAAACGAAAUAAGUGCAAAGGCAAGGAAGAACUGCCUUUGUCUCUUGCUCCAAUCACGUUAUUAUCGCUCCUCGAUAUCUAGUACCUGUGGUGGCAGGUACCAUCUACUACUAGAUAUUAUUUGAUGUCCCCUUUCCGCCUGAUACUGGAUUCCGAUUGUCUCUCCUUUUUUUUUAUUUCAUUAACGGCCAUCUAUCAUCUACUUUUGGAUACCAAUCAAUGAAUGAGGAAAUUGGCUCCUGGCAUUGGGCUGGAAUCUUGAAAUACCCAAUUACGCUGUAUAUACGGUUGAUGAUGUAAGAUAAUGAAAUUUUGUUCCAUAUUAGAAUGAUAGCACUGCGAUUCUUGCCAGCGAA